AUGACCGAGGCUGGCUUAAAGACAAAGAAAACAUAUAGUAUGCAGCUUAGUCGGGACCGAAAAUAUAGAUUUGUUAUUGCAAAACAUUUUUCUGGAGAACAUCCUGUUAUUCUUGUGGAUCCUACCCGAUUGCUUCGACGAAGUCAGAAGCAAUUUCGUGACAGAGAAGCACACCGUUCAGCUCACCAAGAUCCUGAUCGAACAGACAGAGAAGCACACCGUUCAGCUCACCAAGAUCCUGAUCGAACAGACAGAGAAGCACACCGUUCAGCUCACCAAGAUCCUGAUCGAACAGACAGAGAAGCACACCGUUCAGCUCACCAAGAUCCUGAUCGAACAGACAGAGAAGCACACCGUUCAGAUCACCAAGAUCCUGAUCGAACAGACAGAGAAGCACACCGUUCAGCUCACCAAGAUCCUGAUCGAACAGACAGAGAAGCACACCGUUCAGCUCACCAAGAUCCUGAUCGAACAGACAGGGAAGCACACCGUUCAGCUCACCAAGAUCCUGAUCGAACAGCCGGCCGUAGUGUGGCGUUUCUGCUAGUAUUUACUAAAGCUUCACACUUAAAUAGACGUUUCAAACCUAUUUGA